AUGUGCGCUUAUCACAAUCCCGGGUAUUCUCCAAACUACCCAGAAAUCGGGCUGAUCUUGUUCCCGUUUGCUCAUACAAAAUGGGGUGUAAAUUAUGAUCCUGCUGGACCUGUUCCUCCGGGUGAUGAUAUCAAUGCUCCUGAUUUGUAUAUUCCUUUAAUGGCUACUAUCACAUACAUACUUCUGAGUGGUGUUAUAUUUGGAUUUCAAGGUCGUUUUUCACCAGAGUACCUUGGGAUUUUAUCUAGUGAAGCUUUUGGCUGGUUAUUGCUUGAAGUUUUAUUAUCUCUUUUUGCAAUCUAUAUCCUCAAUAUUCAGAACAAUAUUUCUUAUUUAGAUAUAGUUGCCUAUUGUGGUUAUAAAUUUGUCAGCAUGAUAGUUGUAUUGAUUAGUUACGUUGGUUUGGAUCGACCAGGCUAUUAUUUUAGUUUACUGUAUACUAGUUUAGCAUUGGCAUUUUUCCUCAUAAGAAGCCUCAAACUCAAAAUACUUCCACAUGUUGAAGCAUAUCCAUCUGAGUGUAAUAAACGCCGAUUAUAUUUACUACUUCUGAUUGCAUUCAUUCAACCAUUAUUGAUGUGGUGGUUGACACGUCGUGUUAUCCUGUAG